AUGAGUAAUUCGCACACUUCAUCUCCCUCUCAUUUGAAUAAUGUUGUCGGCGACACUUUGAUCACGCGUGCUGUUGAUAAUACUCAAGUGCCUAUUAAUACCAUUUAUGAAAACCAACCGGCCGUUAUUAUAUUUUUUCGAAGGUUUGGCUGUCAAUUGUGUCGAUCAUAUGCAUUAAAAUUAAGUAACGAAUUGAUGCCGACAUUGAAAGCAAAUAAUGUUGCGUUCGUUGGUAUUGGUUUAGAAAAGUUUGGUCUCGAAGAAUUUAUGAAAGAGGGAUAUUUUAAAGGAGAUUUGUAUGUUGAUGAGGGCAAAAAAGCUUAUAAACAAUUAGGAUUCACAGAUUUGGGAUGGUUUCGGGGUAUAACUACUCUGUUUACAAAAUCGACACGAGAUUGGAAUGCAGAAACCACUAAAAUGGGUGUAGGGGGCAACUUGAAAGGUGACGGUUUUCAAUUAGGUGGCACUUAUAUUGUUGGUCGUAAAACUGGCGAAGUAUGGCUGUCACAUCCACAGAAAGAUUAUGGUGAUCAUCCAGAAGUAUCACAAAUGUUGGAUAUUUUGAAAGAAAAAUUACCGAGUUUCAAAUCUGUCUAG